AUGGCCGACGAAGCGGAUGACAUGGCCCCGGCGCCAGAGCCCUUGGACCUGGUGAAACUGCUGCUAGACGAACCGGUGUUUGUAAAGUUGCGAGGCGACCGGGAGCUCAAAGGGAGACUGCAUGCCUAUGACAGCCACUGCAAUCUCGUCUUGGGCGACGUUGAGGAGACCAUAUACAUUACCGACGAAGACGACGAAGACGAGUCCGAGCAAGAAGUCCGGACUGUCAGCCGCAAGUCCGAGAUGCUUUUUGUCCGGGGUGAUUCUGUGGUUUUGAUUUCGCCCGUCCCUCAGAGCUGA